AUGCCGGCGUUUGUAUAUUCACAGGAGGACAUCGACAGCCACCUGAUCGCAGAGACAACUGCAACACCAAUUACUCAUCCUCCUACUCCUCCUACGCCCAUCUAUUACCCGCCAACUCCGACUAGUACAACUGCUGGACUUUUGAGUAACCGGCCUGAGGACAUCGACAGCCACCUGAUCGCAGAGACAACUGCAACAACACCUAUUACUCAUCCUCCUACGCCCAUUUAUUACCCGCCAACUCCGACUAGUGUCGGCGUUUGUAUAUUCACAGGAGGAUCCCCCAUCCCUGCGUGGAGCAGCAGCCCCUCGGAAUAG